UUUUAAAUUUUCAGUGUGGCCAAGUCAGUAAAAAUAGACAACCCCAGCCGGCUGAUGGAAAACCUGUUUAUACCCGAAGUCCCAAACGGUCACACACCCACUUCAUCACCUCGCUUCGUUUGAAAAAAAACCAUCCAAUAUGAGUAAAUAUGACUCAAAGUACCUCGAGGAGAAGCUCAAAAGGGAACUGCAGACGGAGUACGUGAGUGUUACGGACGAAUCGGACGGUUGUGGCGGCAAAUUCAGCGCCGUAAUCGUGUCGCCAGCCUUCAGCGGCAAGACCCUUCUCCAGAAGCAUAGAUUAGUCAACUCGACGCUGGCCGAAGAACUGAAAGAAAUCCAUGCAUUCUCACAGAAAUCCUACACACCCGAAGAGUGGGAGAAAGUGAAAGCCCAAUAGUAGUACCAAAAACAACAUCACACACAUAUAUAUACGGGCGAUACAACACUA